CCGGGGAGAGGAAAAACAAAAAAAAAACGUCUCUAAUCCAGUAUUUCAGGUGCCGCCGAAGUCGACCAUUGCUCCUCUCCAGCGAGCCGCAGCGGGACCGCGAGCGGGACGUAAGGAGUCCCGAGCGGGGCUUUUUUGUUGUUUUGUUUCGGCUAAGAGAAAAGAUACACCCAGAGAAGCCAGAAGUUUCGGUGUCGUGAACGCAGUACUUUCUCCUGCGGGUGUUUUAAAAAUAUAUAGAUAUAUAUUUAUAUAUGUACUUUACCAGCGUCUGCGCCUUUCAGUUAACGUGACACGUUUUGACCAGCGACUCCUUCGCCUUCUCGGUCCCUCCCUCCUCCCUCCCUUCCUCCUCCCACCCCGAAACUCCACGAAAAUACUUCAACUCUCGCUCCCACUGAAGGAUAUUACGGCACUUCUGGUUAAUUUUUUCUCUCUGAGGAGCGGGACGGUGAAGUAACCUUGGAGGCAUGCUGGAGAACCAGUUUAGACACACACAGCACAUCUUUCAAUCGUACUUGCAAGCGGUGUGGCGCCAGAGUUCUUGGACCCGGCCGUGUUUCCUGUGCAGCCUGGACGAAUCUUCGCCAUGGAUGGACCUCUGAGAGGGACCAUUAAGUCCAGCUGCACGUCUUAAAUAACAUCAGGACCAUGUGGCAAAAAUAGCUGACCGGCAUCCACAAUCUCCCUCCGACGCUGUUUGUGCAGAGUCAUCAAGCCUACAGGAUGACUGUGUCUUGUAACUCCGUCAUCAAAACACAUCUUAUUACAAGUAUUAGACCGCUGAAUAUCAAAGGCUUGCCAAAACAAAGACUCGGAUUGUGAGGGCGCAAGGGGGACUUUACGCAACAGACAAAAGUCAAAGGAUCGCCUACGCGAGCUGCAGAAAUGGAUUAGAAGCCCAUGUGUGACAGGGCAGCUGCAGCAGCUCGUGGAAUUACUUGAACCCGGACCGUCGGGUAGUCACUCCGUCACGUUCCUGCCUAAAGGCAGACCCAUCUAUCCAAUGGCAUGGGCCAAGUUCUUCAGAAAGCCGGGGGGCAAUCUGGGCAAAUCGUACCAACCGGGGAGCAUGCUGUCUCUGGCCCCCACCAAGGGACUACUGAACGAACCGGGCCAGAACAGCUGCUUCCUCAACAGUGCAGUGCAGGUACUAUGGCAGCUGGAUAUCUUCAGACGCAGCUUGAGGCAGCUACCUGGACACUUCUGUCUGGGAGAAUCCUGCAUAUUUUGUGCUUUAAAGGGCAUUUUCUCCCAGUUCCAGCACAGUCGGGAGCGCGCCCUGCCCUCUGACAACCUGCGUCACGCCUUGGCAGAGACCUUUAAGGACGAGCAGCGCUUCCAGCUGGGCUUCAUGGACGAUGCCGCAGAGUGCUUUGAGAACAUACUGGAGAGGAUCCACCGGCACAUUGUGCCUGAGGAGACGGAUGCGUGCACUUCAAAGUCUUGCAUCACGCACCAGAAGUUUGCUAUGACGCUUUAUGAGCAGUCUGUGUGUCGUAGCUGCGGGGCAUCCUCCGACCCGCUUCCGUUUACAGAGCUGGUGCAUUAUGUCUCCACCACCGCACUCUGUCAACAGCCACUUCAGCGCAAAGACGAGUCAUUCGGGGAACUGUUACAAGCGGCGAACACGAUAGGGGACCUACGAAACUGUCCAAGCAACUGCGGCCAGAGGAUUAAGAUCAGACGGGUCCUCAUGAACUCCCCAGAGAUCGUUACCAUAGGUUUCGUCUGGGACUCGGACCAGUCGGACCUCACAGAAGAAGUUAUCCGCUCGCUGGGGCCUCAUCUCAGUCUCUCUGCUCUCUUCUACAGGGUGACAGAUGAGCAUGCCAAAAAGGGCGAGCUGAUGCUGGUGGGGAUGAUCUGCUACACGAGCCGUCACUACUGUGCCUUUGCCUUCCACACCAAGUCCUCCAAAUGGGUCUUCUUCGACGAUGCCACUGUGAAAGAGAUUGGCUCCAGGUGGAAAGACGUGGUCACCAAAUGCAUCAGAGGUCACUUCCAGCCUCUGCUCCUCUUUUACGCCAACCCAGAUGGGAGUGCUAUCGCCGCAGAUGAUGCCUCAAGCCAAAACAGUGGCCAGCCUCAUUACAAGGCCUCUGUCAAUGGAGAAAUGCAAGGCUUCGAGUCUCCAGUUGUAGCCGUCAAGAAGCUGGACCUCACAAGGGAGAAUCUGAACACUCUGUUGGGCCAAAUCCCUUUGAAAAAGAAGACCCCUUCGACCCUCAGCAAGGGCAGCGGUCAGACCGGUGGAGAACGGGGACCAGUGAAAAUCGGCAGUGGCGAUCCCAAGAGUCGCCCGAGGGAUAUUUUUCGAGAGGUCGCCCAGAGAUCAGGAGCGGCGCGUGGGAUGCUUCCGUCCAGAAGAGAGCCUGAUAAGAGCGGCCAUCGGAGGCCGGAGUUACGCCACAGAGAUCCCGGUCAGGACAGGACCUACUCCCGCUCCGUCUCCCCUCCAGAGAAUGGCUUCAAACAACACGUGGAACCCCGUCUGUACAGCAGCCAAGGAAAAGGUCCCACGCGGACAGAGCGAACACCCCACCUUGGCGGGAGGUCCUCCCACGACCCCCCUCGCGCCCACUCGAGGGUCCAGGCGUUGCACACCGUGCCCGUCAGUAGUGGUCAUCACAGCCGGAGAAUAGACCAAGUCCCCAACGGAUACGACACUGACAGCAGCCAAGACUCCAGGGAACGUCCCAUGAGCAGAGGGAACCACCGCAGCAGGCCCGACCGCCCCUGGAAGCCCGUGCGCGAGGCGUUAAACGUGGACAGCGUUUUAAGCGGCGUCCACCCGGCCGGUCAGGAGCGACGGCAGCAGAGCCCCGCGCGGAGGAGACCCAGCAGCCAGUCGCCCUCCCGAGACCGGGAGCGCGAGUCCUCGUGGGCAGGCCGAGAAGAGCGCCAGCCGAAGAGCCUCAUGACCAUCUACGAGGACGAGCAGCGGCACGAAACGGGCGGCAGCCGAAGCUCGCUGGACUCGGACGGCCGCCACAGCGACAAGGACCGGCCCAAGGGCUCGGCGGUUCCGAAAGUGAGGAACGACAACUGGAAGAUCCAGCGGGCUGAGUCCGGAUACGAGAGUAGCGACAGACUCAGCAACGGCUCGGCAAGCCUCGACUCCCCUGUGGUGGACAACCUUUCUUCCAAAGACCUGCGGACCAUUCCUGAGCUGCAACUCACGAGGGAUCACAUCCCUCAGAGACGAAGUGAUGAUUUGUAUGCUGACUUAUUGCACUCCACAAACUCCACUGGUGAACAAGAAAGACGAUCUCCAGAUCUACGAGACGGAGACAUCCUGUCUGGUCAGCCAAUACAAAGAAGACGCGCCUUCCGAUACACUCCUGGGAUUUUGGAAAGGAACAACGGUCCGGACAGCGAACCGGAGGACGACGGGGACGGGAGCCCCGUGAGCCCCGUCCCUGGCUACUUCGCAAAGACCAGCAGCUCCGAGUGGAACAGCUCGGACGACCUCGCCGGGCCCUUCUCCGAACAAGACGAGGCCGGCACCGCGGCCCGCCUAGACCCUUUCACGCACAACCGCCCCCCGCCUCUGCCCCCAAAGACCUUCGGCGGCGGUCACGCCGACGCGUCGGCCGUCCACUCCCGACCGCCGGAAGUGCCGGCGCGGUUGAGCCCCCGCUACGGGCCCAAAAGCGACUCGUCCCCGCUGUCGCACACCGCCCUCCGUCGGUGGAUCGAAGCUCCCGCCGAGCACAGGCUUUCGUCGGAUGCCAGCUCCAGGUCGGGGUCGUCGGAUCAGGACCGGAACGACCUGUCGGCCAGCGAGAGCGACGAGAGGUUGCCCGGUCCGGACCCGGGGCCCCGCGACGGCACGGGCUCCCCCGCUCAGACCGAUGUGGCUUUUCCCACCACUUACUUUUCGGUGGAUAGCUGUAUGACGGACACUUACAGGGCCAAAUACCAUAAGAGACCCGGCGCCCACGUGAAGGCCGACGACCACACGUCCUCGGGGGAGAGCGAUGUGGAAGGGAGGCUGCCUUUGUCAGACGUUCAACCCCCGCAGCUUAUCAAAAGCAGAUCGGAAUUAGGCUAUCCUACCACAAAGACUACUGCAAAGUGGAACAUGGUUACUUCAAAAGGACUCGAUGAGCAUGGUUUCCUAUGAUUUUAGGUGCCGGCCUCGUCAAUCGACCUUGUGCAAUCCAAAAAUAAUUGCUAUGCACUACGACUGCUACAGUUUGACUCCUUCUGACUGGGAUGUGUAUUAUCAUGUAUACUUGUCACACAGAAAGUCGGACAUGAAACUGGAUGCCAAAGAGAUUGCUAAAAGAAUGGCAGGUGUCCUUAAUAGCUAUCGUUCAGUUUUGGUAUGAACAACUAAACGCUUUGAAUGAAUAGUGAACUUGCACAGUACCGCAGAGGUACAGAGGCGAAAGAAUGUUGCUGUUUGGACUGCUGGCGUUGAAAAGCAAAAGGGGGUUGGGUUCGUAAAGAAUGUGUCACUAGAAGCCGCUUUUCCAAUCAAGAGAUUCUACGUUUUAUUUCGUGAAACGCUUUUAUUUGCUGAUUUCGAGCCUGCAGGUUUAAUGUUACAAGGGGUCUGCCUCUCUUUGUCACAUGGUAGACUAAGCUCUCAGUUGGUGUUGAAGGAAAAACAAAAGGUUCCUUUAACAUUCUUUGGUAGAUUUUGUAAAGUAAUGCAACCUGUUGAUCGGCCUUUUGGAUCCCAAGGAUCCGUGUGCAUACGAAGUUCUGGGAGGCCCUCAGGUUUCUUUCUUUUGCCUGAUGAGACUUUGUCAAAGGAAAGAAACGGCAGAGAAACCCUCUUCUUGUUGGUACAAGAGCUUUAUUGACCUUUGCAAAUUAGACCUACAGGGAUUUCUUCUGCCUCGCUCUUGACAAAACUUUAACUCAGAGUAGAUCUCAUAUCUCUGACCAGGGCCUAUGAAGGUACAUAUGCUAAUAGAUUGAUUGUUGGUAGGUAUGUGGCAUGGUAACCUCGAAGGAUAUCCCACUUUACUUACAUGCACAUCCUCACACUCCCUGAACAGUUUGUUUUUGUCUUUGAACUGUGUUUCUAUUUGUUUUUCUUUAACACGCUGAUCAGUAGGCUUAAUUUGAUUUGUUUAUUUUUUUAAUCAAUUAUGCAGUUCCCUCUCAUGUUUCUUAUGAAUAAAUUGUCAUCUAGGGAUGGAUGAGCAUUUGUAAUUGUUUUGAGAGGGAUUAUUGAUACGGUUGUGAAUCUGAGUAGUGUCUACAUUUUGUUAAUAACUGUUUAAUAUAUGCAGCAGACUCUAAUGCACAGUGCCUUUUGUAUUUUUCUAUGUCAUGGUCGCAUUAGAUUGGAAACAUGGUUUGUACAAUUCUGUGAUUUUUGAAUAGUUUUUGCAUUUGUAUUGAUUAAUAAUUGUUAAAUAAACUUUUAUUUAAGCAUC